GUCUUACCAUGUGGGCAACUUGCUGCAACUGGUUCUGCCAGGAUGGACAUUCUGAGGAGAUUCAGCUGCCCCAGGGAGCCAGAACACAAGCAUAUUCCAAUCCUGGAUAUAGUUCCUUCCCUUCCCCUACGGGCUCCGAACCUAGCUGCAAGUCCUGUGGGGCCCACUUUGGCAGCACAACCAGAAAGCACACGUGCUUGGACUGUAAGAAGAAUUUCUGCAUUUCCUGCUCGAGCCAAGUAGGGAGCGGGCCCCGCCUCUGCCACCUCUGCCAGCGUUUCCGAGCCACAGCCUUUCAUCGAGAAGAGCUGAUGAAAAUGAAGGUGAAGGACCUGAGGGACUACCUCACCCUCCAUGACAUCUCCUCUGAGAUGUGCAGGGAGAAGGAGGAACUGGUGUUCUUGGUGCUUGGUCAGCAGCCGGUGAUCACCCAGGAGGACAGGACUUUUAAUACCCCUUUCCCUUCAGGCCUCCCUGAGAAUCAGGCCUUUCUGGCCCAGCCUCACACCAGCACAGCACCUCCUACCUCUCCCAACCUUCCUUCAUCACCAGCACAGCCCACCUCCACUCCCUCAGCCCAGGCUCAGGAAAACCAGCAGGCUAAUGGCCAUGUGCCACAGGACCAAGAAGAAGUAAUAUGUCUGGAGAAUGUAGCAGGUGUCCCCAUGGAGGACGAAACGCAGUCUAUUGACUCUGAGGACAACUUGGUACCGGGGCGGAGGGCUUCACUGUCUGAUCUGGUAAAUGUGGAAGACAUUGAGGCCCUCACUGUGCGACAGCUGAAGGAGAUCCUGGCUCGAAACUUUGUGAAUUACAAAGGCUGCUGUGAGAAGUGGGAGCUAAUGGAGAGGGUGACCCGGCUGUACAGGGAACAGAAGGACCUCCAGAAUUUAGUUUCUGGCACUGGAGAUCAAAAUGGGGAGCCAGCGCCAUCUAGCGCAGAGGAGAACCUCUGUAAGAUCUGCAUGGACUCGCCUAUCGACUGUGUCCUAUUGGAGUGUGGUCACAUGGUCACCUGUACGAAGUGUGGAAAACGGAUGAACGAGUGCCCCAUCUGCCGCCAGUAUGUGAUCCGAGCUGUGCAUGUCUUUAGAUCCUGAUGGCUGGAACCAGACCCCUCAGUGCCUGAUGGGGCAUAGCCAGCCCCAGCCUCCACAUCUGCUCACUUGUGGCUUGACUUGAGAGAAUUGCAAAGUAUCACCCCAAGGCGAUGGCCAGGAAGGACAGGAAGAAACCCAGAGAACUUCCUGGUUGUCUGGUUAAUCCUGCUCUUUUCACCACAACAUUUUCCAUCUCAGUGUUGGAAUCUGAUAGGGCUUCCUUAGCCAAAGGGGAUUUAUUAGCCCUGCUUGGGGCAAAAAUCAAAUUGGGCUCAGUCCCUGUUUCAUACGAUCACUAGGUGACAAUAAAUUUGUGAUGAACACAAACUUCCCACCAUUCAGACCAUGUGGGAGUGCUUUUUCCUCCCUUCAAUACAAACCAUAGUUUUUAAGGAUCUUUUUUCUGCAAAAUUAUCAAAGUGAUCCCUCGGAUUUAUUAUAAUUCACUUCUCUGUGGAGACAGCUCAGUGCUGAUUUUUUUAAUCAUUCAGAAAUCUUAUUUUUUCCUAUACACAUGGUUGACUUUUCUGUCUGGCUUCUUGUAUUUAAUUCAGUCACUGCUAAUAUUCUCUCUUCUCAUGUCUUCCUUUGGCUUCUUCACCUUAAGAGGCAUUAAUUGUCCUCGAGAAUGGUUAACUGGCUAUGAACUCUCACUAAAACCAAAAAGACUUUGUGCUAUUAAACAAAAGCCACCCCGGCUUUUCCUGUCCUAUCUGCCGUGUUGUGGGGAGGCAGGGAAGCUGCUCCCCAGACCAUUGGGAUCCAACCAUGCCUGUGGAUUUUGGCUGGCUCCUUGUUGUUGAGCCCCUUGUAUGGUGCCUUAAUUAGACUGACAAGAAAACAGAAUUUUUAUGCCAGUGAAUGUUUUGCUCAUUGAAAAUGAAGCUUUGGAGGUUUUUGGAAAGUUUCAGUCCUGAGCAUGAGAUGGGAAGGUAUUUGUCUCUGUAAAGGCUGCCUGAUUAAGCAGCAGGAUCUCUCCCAAGGUGAACUAUGUGUAAAAUCUCUACCUACUUUGCACAUCAAAGAGACAUUCUAAAUGCUGGAGAGGCGGGAGAACUUCCUGGGCCAUCCCUUCUAGGGUCAGUGGAAGACAAAUGUGGGUAAUUUACCUCUGUUCAUUCAGUGCAUUCUCUGACUCUCCAUCCAGCUGCCUCAGCAGCUUCUCCCAUGACCAGAAGUGCCUCCUGCCAGGUCCGCAGUCUGCUUUAGUUCUCAUGACCUGCAGCCUCUGGUGAAGGCUCCUUCCUUUCCCGGCCACGCUCUCCAUGAAUGUACUCAAUGGGACAGAUACCCCAGGAUCCUGGAUAUGGCUUCUCCCUGCUCUUGGACAGGGAGCAGAAAGUCUCACUGCCCGGCAUCUUGGGGGAGCUCCUGUUGUUUCCAUUCAGUAUUAGAAGGAAGUCUGAGCUGCUCCUCCUGCCCAACAGCUGAGAACAGCAGAACAAUGAGCAGGCUUGGUGUUGGCAGAGGGAGCAGGGGGACAGCAGCCGUGGUAGGCUCACUCCAUUCUCAGGUUCCUGAGUUACUUUAAAAAGCCCCUGGCGUCUCGGCCAAGCACAAAACAGCUUCCAGAGUGGCUGGAUGUGCUCUUCACCAGCUGCCCGAGACUUAGCCACUAUGCAAACUAUCCACCUAGAGCCUUAGCAGAUCCACUGCAGCCUUGUUCCCUUUAAUCACAAAGGGGGCAAACCACUCUCUCCUAAGGAGAAUAGCAAUAUUGGUACGGACUUUUGAGUGAUUUCCUUUACCCCCAACCAAGGGACAGUUUCAGGAAGGAACUGUCGGCUACCUACUCACUGGAUAUCCCUUCAGGAAUCUUCACCCUUUUCACACCCGAAAAUUCUGAUGAAAAUUCAGUGUCUUCCACUGCUGCUGCUGGUGGACACCAGUUUACAACCCAGAGCUUUUUUUUUUUUUUUUCCUUUUUUGGCAGAAAUGUAAAUUGGGAGUCUUGAGGCCUCAUCCUACCAUGUAUGUCAUCCUAGUGAGCAAUUUGAUUUUACUCUUGAAUUACCUCCUGCCUCACUCCCCACAUCCUUGGAUACUUAAUUUUCACAGCAAUGGCUAAUUAUCCUUACAAUAUUUUCUUUCCUUUUGAUAUGGUUGCAAUGAGAUUUCUGGUUAAUGAGACUUCUAGAAAACUGUCUGGUUCACAGUCUAGUGGUAUAGAUGGAUCCAAACUAAUAAAGAGCUGUAAAGAAAUGAGUGCUUCAUGUACAUUGUAUGAAUUUGUCUUUCGAAAAUUUCUGAGCUACUUGAAGUGGCCGAUACCGAGAUUCUGAUUUCUAGUGGGUGUUCAAGCCCCAAAUGUGUAUUUUUUGUUACAGAGUUGUGCUUUAUAAUUUUGUAAUAAAGUUGAAAUAUGAUUGAA